AUGCCAGACGGCAAUGUGACAGUCGCAUCUAAUGUGCUCGGCACCAUUGGCACGGUGCUCUGGUGCAUCCAGCUAAUUCCACAGAUUUGGUAUAACUGGCGGCGGAAGAAUACAGAUGGGUUUCCGGCUACAAUGAUGUUCCUCUGGGCACUUUACUGGGUCUUCCUCUCCAUCGAUACUUUCGGUGGUCUAUUCUCCUUGUUCGCACUCGCUGCCCAAGGAACAUUCGAUAUUUUAGGGGGUAUUAUGUACAUAUUGGUGGUUGUUCUGGAAGCAGGAAUCUAUCUGAGCCAUAUCAUCUGGCGCAUUCGGUAUCGCAAGCUGCGCAAAGAGGCCAAGGAAACUGGGAAGAGUAUUGACGACUUGUUGGAAUUGCGGAGACGGGAUACGGAGGAAAGCAGAGAUCUAGAGACAGGGUCCCAGUCCCCCCAAACCCAACCGCGAAUAACUCUCGCCCUUCACAUCUCUUCGAUUCCGCGAGCGAGAAAUCCCCCCUAUAGCGUCGUUUCGUCCGCCGACCACUCCUCGGACGAGAUCGGCCCUACCUCCGAGCCCGAUCGGCGCGAGGGGAACGCGCCCAAGUGCACCUCCAACUCCAACUCCCGGACCCGGACCCGUCACGAGCGUCACCACUGGAACUCAUCCACUUCGCCAUCCGCCGAACACGAACACCAGCGCCGCCAUCUUCCUCACGCACCAGAACGAUCUACAUCAUCCCCGCUGCCGACCGACCACGAAAACCCCCUCUUAUACACCCCUCUGACGGACGAACUGCCAUCCCCCCUCGAGUCUCCACUCGCGACCCCCCCAGCAUUCCGACGAUACCUCCUUCCAGUCCGCGGUAGUCAGGCUGAUCGCCGGCCAUCCUCAUCCGCCUUCCCUCCUCAGUCUAGCAAGCGCCCGAGCAUUGCCGUCCGCCGGCAGUCUCUGCUUCCAGCAUCUCACCAACACCUGAUCACCGGCCUUCUAGAACAAAGUCUUUUCUCAGGACUGAGCGACCCACAAACAGCCUACGCUCCUGCAGUAGCCGACGAGAUGGUCCAGCGUCGGAUCUGGGAUGAAACGACCAGGUGGCUCCGCCACCCUGGGAGGACAUGGGAUUCUCCGGAUAUCGUGAUACGAAUUGCCCCACGAGAGGGCACAAAUCGCCAGUCGACCCCAGAGCGCCUCCUCAGUCCCGAGGAAUCUCUGUCAUCAAUUCUGGACACAUAUUACCCCGGAGGUCAAAAGAUAGAGGAGGCAUUGUUGAUUGACGCACCUACACGCCGCACUCCGAAGCCCUCUCCGCGCCACUCGGUAUAUCAUCAUCAUAACCCCGAGCCUGGUGAGCAUGGCGAAUACUUCCCGUUGAUGCCCGCGAAAGUUCCCACCCCACCUACGCAUCCUACACUCCCGGGGCAAACAGCGCUCCGGCGAUGUAGGGGUGGGUCACGGCAUCACCGUCGACCGCCACUCCAACGGCACACAACCAAUUCGCCAACGAUUCUCGGCCAAGGUCCUAUCGUUAGUGUUACAGAGGCGGGCAUAUCUCCCCAUUCUGUACCCGCGCCACCACCGCAACCCAGCGUGCCCACACCCCCAGCACCAGUACCCGAUUCUCCUCAAACCAAAUCACAUACUCCACCAGUACCGGUAGCAUCGCCGCGGACGUCACGCAAACCCAAGAGCGCUGCUUCACCUGGGGCGGUGUUUGGAGGGUUAAUUGAUGGUACCGUUCCCCCUAUCAAUGUUCUGAUCGUUGAGGACAACAUUAUCAACCAAAAACUCCUCGAGGCGUUUAUGAAGCGAUUAAGUGUCCGAUGGAAAUGUGCGGCAAAUGGAGAGGAAGCGGUGCGGAAAUGGCGACAAGGCGGAUUCCACUUGGUAUUGAUGGAUAUUCAGUUGCCCGUCAUGAACGGGUUGGAUGCCACCAAGGAAAUCCGUCGCCUGGAACGACUGAACGGUAUUGGCGUUUUCCCUAAGAAUUCCUCCGGUCGUUCGAGUGUUUCGAGUACGACUGAGGAUAGGAGGCCGGGUCUUAACCGCACCGUUAGCGAGGAAGAUACUCUCUCCGACUUGUCCUUAUUCCGCAGCCCUGUCAUCAUUGUCGCUUUGACAGCCAGCAGUCUGCAAAGUGAUCGUCACGAGGCAUUGGCAGCUGGCUGCAACGACUUUCUGACCAAGCCUGUUGGUUUCCCAUGGCUAUCACAGAAGGUUACGGAAUGGGGCUGCAUGCAAGCGCUGAUUGACUUUGAGGGCUGGCGGAAGUGGCGUGGGUUUUUGGAUACUCCGCAGUCUUCCUCGCCCAGUUUAGAUAGCGCUGCCAGCCCUAUGCAGACCGGCCACCGCAACGACUUCGGCGCACCGGCCGACGGACCUGCCUCGCCGUCGACGACCCGGCAUACGAAGAAUAAGUCUUCUACCAACGGUCUGUCAAGGCCUCACCUACCAGAUGCCGCUGAGAUCUUACGAGAAGACUCAUGGGGUAGUGGCAGCGGUGACACGGGAGACUCCGGCCCCAGCCCUGACGCCUUGCCUGUCGAGGCCGAUGGGAGGUGA